GAAUAUUUCAUUUACUGACCGAGGGGAGAGAACAACUUUUUUCAAUCACCAUGACGGCCCCUGAGAUGGACCUCGACGAAGCCCUCGCUGGUGCAGUGCCGCCGCUUACCGGAGGAGGCAUUGAAGGAAAGACGCCCAAGGCCGUGGUGGAGUCACGAUGGACGUCAACCUCUUCAGUUGAGUCUGAGCUGGAUCACUUUUGGCACGAUUCGACUGCUUCUCUAAACCACUUUUAUACCACACAAGAUACAGUCAACACCCUUGACUCGUUCGACUUCAACGAUGAAAAUCUCUUCUUGGGACCGUUCGACUCCUGUAGCACUGGCCUAUCACACCACCAGACGCAGGACAGCACUCGACACAUGACCGAGGCAUCAGCAGCGGGCAUCGAGUCCUUUGACUUUGCCAGCACACAGAUGAGCUCGAUGGUGCCAGAAUUACAACAGUCCGCUGUACCGAUGAGCAAUGCCUUUGAUGUGUCGACAUGGUCUAUUCCUACUACCGCGGAUAGUGACUUCUCGGCACUGAAGGAUCGGCUGAGCAAUGCCAUGGUCCGAGGUGACGGUGGCCAGCUCUUCAUCCCUGAAGACUCUCUGAGGGCCAUCCUGUCCCAUCAGAACGUCACAACAGAACUCCGCAAGCACUUCCCCGCCAUGUCGACCCAGGAGCUGCGGCAGCUUGCCACGCAGGUCACGGUCAAGGACCUCCGCCGCAAAGACAGUCCACUUCAGAUCGGUCUAUUGCGGACAUUUGCCAUCCUCGUCUUGCUAGACAUACCACACAAGAUCAUCGACUUCGCCUCCGAGGGGCUGG